AUGGCCAGCCCCGCCGUCACAGAAAAAUUGGUGGACGACACCAUCGCUACCAAGAUUGAGCAGCUUGACCGCCACGGCUACCUCUUUGGCCAGAAGAUCACACAUUCCCUGUCACCACUCCUGCACAGCACCAUCUACGAGGGAAUCGGCCUGAAAUGGGAGCAGAUGCGUCUGGACUCGGCAGACCUGCCGCUGUUCCUCGAGCUCAUCAAGCACCCCAAGUUCUACGGCAGCUCCGUCACCAUGCCCAACAAGGUCGCCAUCAUCCCUCACCUCGACGAGCUGACGGAUGAGUGCCGCGACGUCGGCGCCUGCAACACCCUCUUCAUCCGCGAGCGCGACGGCAAGCGGAUAUACUGCGGCACCAACACCGAUGUCAUUGGCGUUCGCGAGUCCUUCGUUCAGAACGUCGCCGACCCGGAUGCCGUCUACCACAACAAGCCCGCCCUGGUCAUCGGCGGCGGCGGUGCUGCCCGCAGCGCCGUCUACGCCUUGCGUAAGUGGAUGAAGGCCACCGACAUCUACCUCGUCAACCGUGACAAGGCUGAGGUCGACGCCGUUAUCGCCGAGUGCACCACGCGGGGCUAUGGAGACAACCUGUACCACGUAUCCACCGUCGAGGAGGCGAGGGAGCUUGACGCCCCCGGCGCUAUCGUCUCCUGCAUCCCCGACUUCCCUCCCAAGACCCCCGAGGAGAUUGUCGCCCGCGAGGUUAUCGUUGAGUUCUUUAACAAGCCUACCAAGGGUGCCAUUCUUGAGAUGUGCUACAACCCCACCCCCUUUACUGAGAUUGGUGCCCUGGCCGAAGACGCCGGCUGGCAGGUCAUUCUCGGCACUGAGGCCAUGAUCUACCAAGGUCUCGAGCAGGACCGUUACUGGACCGGCAAGGAGGUUCAGGACCUUCCCGUACAAAAAGUCAAGGAAGUGAUUGCCGCCAAGCUGGCGCAACACUCAAAACUGUAA